AGGCCUCCUCGACCAUGCCGCGCUUGUUCAUCUGCCAUGUCGAAGACGCCGGGAGGGGGAGAGGAGGAGGGGCAGUACCAUGAGGUAGAGUACAAGGGAGAGAAGCUGAGGGUGAAGGACGGGGAGCUCCUUCGCUCCUCCCUCCUGCGAGCCUCCCUCUCCCCUCACAACUCCCUCGCUCAGACUAUCAACUGCCGCGGGCUGGGAACCUGCGGCACCUGCGCCGUCAGCAUCCAAGGACGCGUGUCUCCUGCCGAAUGGACCGCCAUGGAGCGAGCUCGUCUCAACUUCCCCCCGUACAGCAACGACAACAACUCGCUCCUCCGCCUCGCCUGCCAGGUGCGAGUACAGGGCGACCUCAAGGUCACCAAGUUCGACAAGUUUUGGGGUCAAGGCAAGGAGGAGACGCGUGACAAGAAGUUUACAGCUCCUCUGGGAGAGCUGGAGUACAUCCUAGAU